AAAGAAAACCGGAAAGAGAGGAUCCACGCCGGAAGAACGCCAUCGUGGCCGUAGCCGCGUUGCUCUUUCGUGGCCUCCGGAGGUUGGAUUUCCCAUUUUCUCUGGUUAAUAUAAAAACUCUUUGACAAUCUCUGCUAAUGACUCAGUCAGCAUCUUCAUUGGCAUCCAGCAUAAUGCAGAUGACUUCACUUAAAUAGCUUGUCCCGACUGUAAAACUGAAUUUGAGAAACGCCUUCCUUUAAGCUUCCAUGAAGCUCAGUUGUUGCUUCUGGAUUCUGAUUCUUGGGACUUGCGUUCUUGCAUUGGAAAAUGUGGCCCCCAACCUGACAAUUACAUUUGGAUCAAAGACCCUGCCUCUCAACGCAUCACUUCUUUCCUUUACACAUACCUUGGCAAAAUCAAUUGUACCUCAGGAUAUCAUAAUCAAGGAGGGGAACUGUGCUAUCAUUGAAUGUAAGCUGAACGCUAGCCAGUUUGAUUCCAUCCAUUGGUACAACUCUAAAGGAUAUCUGCUGAAACAAGAUGGAGAAGAUGGAAGAUGGUUGAUCUCUGACAGUGUCCUCAAUAUCACAAGUGUAAGCUUUGGUGACCGGGGGCGAUACACUUGUGUUGCCAUUCAUGAAAAUGGCACUAAAUAUUAUUCAGUCACCCUCAGGGUGGUUUCCACAUCUGGGGAUAUGGGCAUCUACUACAUGAUCGUCUGCCUGGUCGCCUUUACUAUCAUCCUGAUCUUAAAUAUAACACGUCUGUGCAUGAUGAGCAGCCACCUCCGCAAGACAGAGAAGGCAAUCAACGAGUUCUUCAGGACAGAAGGGGCUGAGAAACUACAGAAGGCCUUUGAAAUUGCCAAACGCAUUCCUAUCAUUACCUCUGCCAAAACCCUAGAGCUGGCCAAAGUAACCCAGUUUAAGACAAUGGAAUUUGCUCGGUACAUUGAAGAACUUGCCAGAAGUAUACCUCUUCCCCCAUUAAUCCUUAACUGUAGGGCCUUUAUGGAAGAAAUCUUUGAGGCAGUGCGAGUUGAUGACCCAGAUGAAGUGGGAGAUGGAAUCAAACAAACCCAGGCUCUUAGCGCCCAAGACGGGCUGUACCCUUUAAACCCGGAAAUCAAGCGCAGCAAUUCACCAGCAGGCGAUUCAGAUGAUGGUUCUAUGAAUGACCAUGGCAAAGAAAUAGCUGUUGAGGUAUCUGUCCAUCUUCAGUCAGAAGCACAAAGCAUUGACACUGUUUCUCAUGACAGUGUCCCUUCCAUACAUUCUGAAGAUGAUGCAUGCGCUGAAUCCAAAUAGAGCAGCAAAGGCAGAUGCAUGAAUGUUGCAUCUGAUUGCUUAAAAGAUUUGAGGAAGAAGGGAAAGCAAAAAUUAGCCAGUCACAAAUGUACAACAUUGUUAUUUUAAAACUUCCUUAGAGACUUUAAGGUGCCAAACAAUUAGCAAACAUGCAUUUUUGUCUUGUAUGUCAGUGUUCUCUUAAUAAUUUGAAAACCAGCUUAUAUGAGGCUGUUUUUAGAUCUUUUUAAGCAGGAGUUGUAUUACAGGUAUUGCUAGGAGGAUUUUAUGUAUUAUCUUUGAUAAUCUUAAACACCAUCUCAGAAGGGGGGAAAAGGUAAUAAGAACUGUUUUUCUCAUUUUCACAAAGAAGCUUAACAUCCUAAAUGUGCCCACACAUUAAUAAUUUCAAAUUGUCACCUGCCAAUGGGAGACUUUAGCAUAAAUGAAUUACAGGAUGUGCUGCAGUGAGAAUGAGAUUAUUACAUAGUUUUGAAACUAUGCCAGACUUGUCAGUUUCCUUUGAUUGUGUAUGUUGCAUUCAACUGCAAUGCAAAAACAAGAGAAUGGAAAGCUGAAUGCCAAUUUUUGGAAGCAGACUCUCUCAUUUCAGCCAAUAAUUCAAAUGUGGUUCCAGUUGCCAAGCACUUUAAUAAAACAUCCUUUUUUCUUGCUUUGUUUUUGGAGACAGCUCAAGUUGUCAGCAUUACAAACAUUGUCUCUCCUCCGGAAUUGUAUUGGGUGAAAUGCCAAAGUUUUCUGAAGCCCUUGACAGUACUGUGAGGAACACAACAGGUCCUGAAUUCAAGCAUUAUAAUCUCAUUGGUGGACCUGCAGUAACUCUGGACAUUGAAAAAGAAAAAAAAAUCCUCUUUCAGCUUUCUGAAGGAGUUAAUAAAAGAGGAAAUGUCUUGUACUGUAGCCUUAGGGCCUACCUAAGUAUUACACAGCAGUCAUGUGUACAAGUCUCUCACUGGUUUUAAAAAAGAAAAAUUAAAGGCAGCCUUUGGUGGCUGCAAUAUUAAACACACAGCUGUGGCUGUUUGCCAUUCAAAAUUGUACUACUUCAGCUGCUUUUCCAGCCAUGAGAGUGUUGCUUGGGGUGGUGACUAUAAGCAGAAAAUUGAUGCGGAGGAAGAAGUUAAGCUGUGCCUUCCUCUUCUUCCUCCCCCACCCCAAACUAGCUGAUACUUGAAGUCGUUCACAGAUCGUUUUUAUUAACCGCCCCCCACCUCCCCCAAAGAACAUGCAGGACUGUUCUACAUGUUUGCUUGUAACAUCUGAUCUGGUUCUUAGCUAAUGCUCAUAUUUCAUGAAUGCUUCAGAGAGAAAAGGCUACUGCUUGACUGGACCUACCAAUUCUGUUGCAGAAUGAGAUGAUAAAAGCAGGUGUAUCAUUAUGUGAGCGAGGAAUUAGACAUUUUGAAUGCCUCCUCCACAUUAAUAAAAAAAAUCUUCCAGGCAGAAAACGAGCACGCUGAAGAGAUUCAAACCUGACUCUUGGGUUGCAGUUCUUUCCAGUUGGCAGGAGUUUUUGCCAUAGUGGAAAAGUCUCUUUUAUCUGCAGACCAAAGAGAAGCAGUUGCAUUCUGUCACCUCAUUAUAAUAUGCAUAGGAGUUGUAUCCAAUAGCCUUUAUCAUUGGCUUGGCCUAAAAUAGGGAUUCCUAAAACCAAAUUGGGAAAUAGGCAAUAGAAUAAUUUGAAGGUUACACAAUGAGUUUAUAUUUUGUUUGUUUCCUUGAUAGCAGAGCUUUGAUUAUCUGGCCACCUACCUGACCAUUAUCAUGUUGGCCCAUGUUUUAUUCUGUUUCGUGUAGCAUAGCAAAGUGUUAGGAUUGUUCCAGUCCACUUUUCUAGCUCUUGAAUGCAUCCUUCCUAGCUGCUGUUUUUUCCAUCUGAGACAUGGAAAUCAGUGCAAACCUCUGCUUUCACUAUCUGGUGCUUUCUGUUUGCAUUUUUUAAAAAAAUAUUACUGGUAGCAUUUUAUAGUCAGUUUAGGUUUAAUUUAUGUAAGACUUGUCUGCACUCCAUAAAUUAAUUUCUUUAAAGUGCUAGAAACAUAUUCCCAUAUAUAAUUUUAACAACUUGGCAGCAGGAGUAACGUUUAAUUUCCUACAACUUUCCAUGCCUUUUUAUUCUUGGAAUGCCAUUUAAAUCAGCAGUCAGUAAAGGGAAAUGAGCAAGAUUUUGAAGAGGAUUUAAUGUUACAUUUUAUAGCAGUAAGUGACAACCAUAACAGUAAUGAUACCUUAGAAACAGAGAUCAUACAAUACAACCCCGUGGAACAGAUAAUGUGAGUAAAUAAUAUUCAACUGAAAGUAUUUAUCUUGAAUCUCUUUGCAUAAACAUUUCUGAAACCAAGCAAAGAUAAUGCAGGCAUCAACUUGGCAGAAAGAUGUAUUUCACACUAUAUUGUAAGAAAUAAAAGUUUGCCCUUUUGAAGGCUCUUUCCACAGUAGAGUUGCCAGCUCAUGAUCUAGCAGCCUUGCCUAUUACUUUAACUGCUCCCGGUGGAAAGAAUUUAUGCAAGAGUAGAGAUUUGUGGCUUCAUGCUCUGGCAGCCUAUUCUCUCAUACACCACUGAUGCUUGAAGCACAACUGGAGUCUUGCUUGCUAUAGCACUUUAGAAUGUGACACCCUGCAGUUCUAAAUUACGCUUUGUUGCUCUUGUAUCAUGUUUUGCUGGCCCACUUGUUCCUUGUGAACUUCUCACAAUCUUAGUGGCCCUGCUUUCUCUCUGACUGUAGAGGAUGCAUAAUAAUUUCUCUCACACAAACUAAUCUGGCUACAUUGGCUUGAAUGGGAAAAUUUUUAUUUAGAAGGGCUUGAAUGAUAAAAUUCUGUGGUUCUUUUCUAGCACAAGAAGGAAACAUCUUGCAGAAUCUGAGCACCAGACCAGGCAAAGCCGUUCAUUCACUAGUCUUACUGUGAUAACACAGCAUUAGCAUGUGACUGUGCAUUGUGUCUAAUGCUGCAGUCCUGGCAGAUAGAGCACGGUAUGUGUAUACACGCACAUAUAUAAUUUCUAGCUGCAUAAGAUUAACCGCUUGAAUGUUUAAUCAUGUGCUUUGCUUAUGCAUUAAGAGGAGAUUAUGCUUAGUGUGUUGCUAGAAUGUAAGAUUUUCUAACUCUAAAAUAGCAGGUUAAAAGUUUCGAACGUCACCAAUGUGCCCACAGUUAUCCUUGCAGCUGUGAAUUCUACAGACCACGUAUCCCAUUUAAAAACAGUUCUGUACUACAUGUUUUGAGUAUCUUUGUUCACACCAUGGUUCAGAAUAAUUCUGUUCCCUCUAUUAACUGUGUAAUGCGUGGCCUGGCAACAAUGAUGGUGAAUGGAUGCCAGGUGGAUUCAUAGGCCAAGUAAUCAGACUAGGGUGUUAAAAUUUGUUCCUUCUGACCUUAACUUCUGUGUAUCUGGACAAUAUGGAGUUCCAUGUAUACUCUGGUGACAUAAUUAUCUGUUAAGGUUGUUUUUAUAAUAUUUAUUACCCAGAAGAUUGUUCCAAGGACAAUAACAAGCCCGUGACAUUCGGAAUGGUAUGUGAGAUCUCUGUAAGGCGUUGCAACAAGUUGUGCUUUUUCAUACUUGUGAUUUCUAUGUAAAUUUUUUGAUAAAAUUCAGGUAUGGUUUUUCAUUCUUCUGAAACACUUUUGCAAGACGAAGUUAAAAAGACGUUAUUCGUCAGAAAUAAGCCCUAGGAAUAGAGACAGCAUUCUCAAUUGCCUUUUUAAGAAGACACACCCACACUCAUUUCCAGUCAGCAAUCAUGUAAUUCGUUUCAGGAUAGGAACAUAUAGUGGUGGAGUUUGCAAUUCAUCUGUAAAUAACAUCCAUUGAUGCCAUAGUAAGAUAUAGGACUCAGCCCUGUCUUCAGACAACAUAGCAAAGGGAAAACUGAUGCAUAUAGUUCAAGGCGCUGUUAAAAUAAAAAUUGUUAGAAACAGAUGCAUGAUGAAUAUGUUGUUGAGUAUUGAGUUCUUAAAGAAAGCACAAAAUGAUAAUUUAUAUGGAGAAUAUUGAUUGUGUUUGCAUUUGUGUCAUGCAUUUAAUUGAUGUAAUAUUACUCAGAUGGUCAACAUUCUUUGUAAACCCAAAAGGCCAUGAGUCCAUCUACAGAGAUGUCCCUUGCCCAAUGGAGGAAUAAUUUACUUGUUCACGUUUUUGUUUCAACUGAUGACUGUUGACAUAAGAUUGUUUUGUUUCCUCGGUCUUUGAUUUUUACAGAUAACACCAAAAGCUACUUUAACAGAAGUAUUAUCUAAAUGGAAAUAAUUUGUAUUCUGGAGGCUGCGAUGUUAAUAUCCACUGUAAUAGCAUAGUUUUUUGUACUUUCAUAUAAAAAUAUACUGUGUCCCCACCACCACCCGCCCGAAUAAAACCCAUUCAAAAAGCU